AAGUAUCAUGUGGUAAAGUAAAAACUCAAUAUCAGAUUUAUACUUUUAGUGAGAAUUUGAGUGACAAUACGAUAGGGCGUAAAUCCUUUUCUUCUGUGCCAAAUGUGCAGACUUUACACAAUUUUAGAAUGUGAUAACACAAUCAUCAAUUAUAAGGAAAUACAUUAAAGACACAAACUAAUUUAAUAUACAUAGCAAGUGAAAUAUAUUUGACCGAGAAAUGAAAAAAAUGCCGCUAACAGCAAGUGAAACAUUAAGAGUUUGGCUGCUUUCUGCUUUAGUAGUGCAUUGUGCAGUAGCCGGAAAUCCAGACGCAAAAAGAUUAUAUGAUGAUCUGCUGAGUAAUUACAAUAAAUUAGUACGACCUGUAGUAAACACUUCAGAUGUUCUUCGUGUUUGUAUCAAGCUAAAAUUAUCUCAACUGAUCGACGUGAAUCUCAAAAAUCAAAUAAUGACUACAAAUCUUUGGGUAGAACAAUCAUGGUAUGAUUACAAAUUGAGAUGGGAACCAAAAGAAUAUGGAGGUGUGCAAAUGUUACAUGUGCCAUCGGAUCACAUUUGGCGGCCAGAUAUUGUGUUAUACAACAAUGCGGACGGUAAUUUCGAAGUGACGUUAGCUACAAAAGCCACAAUAUAUUCCGAAGGUUUAGUUGAGUGGAAACCUCCUGCCAUAUACAAAUCAUCAUGUGAAAUUGAUGUAGAGUAUUUUCCGUUUGAUGAACAAACAUGCGUAUUGAAAUUUGGAAGUUGGACAUAUGAUGGUUUUAAGGUUGAUUUAAGGCAUAUGGAUGAGCAAUCUGGAAGCAACAUUGUAGAUGUCGGCGUUGAUUUGUCGGAGUUUUAUAUGUCUGUUGAAUGGGAUAUUCUUGAAGUACCAGCAGUACGAAAUGAAAAAUUUUAUACUUGCUGCGAUGAGCCUUAUCUAGAUAUUACCUUCAACAUAACAAUGCGACGGAAAACACUUUUCUAUACGGUAAACAUAAUUAUACCAUGCAUGGGUAUAUCAUUUCUGACAGUUUUGACAUUUUACUUACCAUCUGAUAGCGGAGAGAAGGUCACUUUAUCAAUUUCAAUAUUGAUUAGUCUCCACGUGUUCUUCCUUUUGGUAGUUGAAAUCAUCCCUCCAACAUCUUUAGUAGUACCUUUAUUGGGGAAAUAUUUGAUUUUCGCCAUGAUUCUAGUUUCAAUCAGCAUAUGUGUUACGGUGGUCGUAUUAAACGUUCAUUUUCGUUCUCCUCAAACACAUCGAAUGGCGCCAUGGGUAAAAACAUUUUUUAUAGAUUUCUUACCUCGCUUCCUCUUCAUGAAGCGACCAUCAUACAUUGAGAAACAUAGAAAAUUAUUACCCAAAGAUCCAAAUGCUUGCUUUUAUCCUUAUUAUUCAACAAGCACAUUGAAUCGUAUAGCUCGUUUUGACAAUAGGACAUCAUCAAAAGAUGAUCUUUCCCCUUCAAGAAGUAAUUUUCAAUUGCAUAGUCUGUCAGGUACGGGACCUUUCGGUGGAAGCUGUCAGAUCCAUGGCCCACUACCAGUAGCCCAUUCAGAAUCAGAAGACAUGUCUCUCUCGACAGCAGCUGACACAGCAGUUCCGUCCGGGAUCAAAAGCCCAGUGUUCAAGCAACCACCAUACUCGCAUUCUGGUUGUCCUAUAGAGGUCCAUAGAAGCUGCUUUUGCGUACGAUUCAUUGCAGAACAUACAAAAAUGCUAGAGGACUCGACAAAGGUCAAAGAAGAUUGGAAAUAUGUCGCAAUGGUUCUGGAUCGCUUAUUCCUGUGGAUAUUCACAUUAGCUGUUUUAGCAGGUACUGCUGGAAUUAUUCUACAAGCUCCAACAUUGUACGAUGAUCGAAUACCGAUAGACAAAACAUUUGAUGAAUUAGCAACAUCAACAGUUGUUCGUUGUCCGCCACAGUAACAAUUCAAAUUUAUCUUGAUACCAUCAAUUUUUAUUUACUUAAUUUGUUGAAGUGAUUGUCCUUGUUCUGUCGUAUAAAAUACAGAUUAGUUUAGCUUUUCGAAGAACAUUAAACCUACCCAUAACGCUGUAUUGUUCUAUUCGAUGGCAUUGAGAUUCAGCUUUUCCGUCACUUUGCUUUACUACAAAUCACGUUUAUGGAAAAAAACAAAUAUUCAACAAAAAAUUGAGAUUUUAGAUUUUUUGUGUUGUUUAAUUUAAUACAAGCCAUAUGAAACAAGUAUACCGAGUUAUUUUUUAUUAUUUAUUAUUCAGUGACUAUAAUUACUUUUUAUUUUAUACACGCAUUAGGCAAAAACAUUAAGAAAAGUUCAUAGCAGUACAUUGCUCAUCGCAACAAAACGAUAACUUUAUUGCAACCGAACAUAUUUGUUAGAUUCCACGCAACACGUAGAUUCUACAUGUUUCUACAGCGUCUUUUAGGAGAAAUUAGGUUUAACUUUUUCAGUUGUUGUAUGUAUGUUACAACAAAUACUAAUAACAAUGAUAGUUAACAUUUGAUGUAAGAUUCCAUCAAUUAAUACAUAUGUCUAGGCCAUUAAAUAUUGUUAAUAAAACUGUGGACACUACAACUUACCCAAAAUUUACCGUGAUAACAUGACGAUUGUAUCAACAUAUGAUUUCUCGGGUUAUUAAACCUCAAAAAGGCAAGUUAAAAUUGUGACUUCAAGAUACAUCGCUCCUAAGACCCAAUGCAAUCAAAGGCCUCUUUUUUGUCGUUUUAUCAGUGAGAGAAUCGAAAGCUCGAAAACGCUCGAUCGUUUGUAUUUCAAAUUACAAGCUCCUUGAAACUAGAGAACUGUAACUAGCCGGGCCGCUUAGACCCCUUGCCGUUUUGAGGGUUAACGCUUCUAAUUAACCCUGCGAAAGUAUAAAAACUUGUACUGACGUAUAUAAUAUAUACUGAGACACGUAAA